AUGGCUUCUCUCGCGAUCCUCCGUCUUACUGCUCGCCCUGCCACCUCGACCCUCUUCAGACCCUGCGCACAAUCGCUGAGGAGAGCUCCCGCGGUAGCUCAGUCCAUUUCUGCCCGAUCUCCUUUCAGCUCCACCGCCAUCCAACGAAGCGGCGGCCACGAAGAGGAGACCUUCGAGGAGUUCUCUGCCAGAUACGAGAAGGAAUUCGACUCUGUCAACGAUGUUUUCGAGCUUCAGCGAAACCUGAACAACGCGUUCGCCUAUGAUCUCGUCCCAUCACCGGGCGUGUGCAUAGCAGCCUUGAAAGCGGCCAGACGGGUCAAUGACUUCCCAACCGCCGUGAGAGUGUUUGAAGGCAUCAAGGCCAAGGUCGAGAACUCGCAGCAAUACGAAGAGUACUUGGAAGAGCUUAAGCCCUUGCGCGAGGAACUCGGCGUCCUUCUCAAGGAGGAGCUGUACCCCAACAACUCCGACAGCCCAUACUACAACCCAUAA